GAAAUCAUAAAAACUUCAAUGAUUCUACGUGUUACACAGUUCAAUCGAAAUAAGGAGAUGCUCGUGAAACUGCGGAAUGACGUUUACGGCAGCAUGAUAGUACAGCAGAAGCGAAGUUCAUUUGAAUAUCGCACGCUGUGUGGUCUUGUACACGCGUAUAUCGCGCUACAUAUACGUUAUGUAUAGCAGAUACAUGUGUAAAAUGAAACUAGAAUUGCGAUUAGGCGCUUAAAUUAAAGAUCAUUCGAAUAUAAAAAAUGCUUACUAAAAUUACUGUUUAACUUGAUUGAAAAAGACUUGCUGUAUAAAAACAAGAUAAAUCUCUUGAUAUAAAAGUUAAUCGUUAUUUAACGAUUUCAAAUAGUAAAACAUUAUUAUAUUCGCAAUUUAAAGUGUAAGAGUAUGUAUCAAGUAUUAAUUAUUAAACACUAAAUGCAUCAUGACCAAUAGCGGGAAUAAGAUAAUCCUUAGACUUACGAAUGAGCAAUCGAACCAGGCGGCUGGUAAAAAAAAUAUGAUAGUUGAAAGUAACAUUACACUUGUCAAAAUGUGAUUUUUUAAAUUAUCCUAUACAAAAUAAUUAACUUUGGCCACAAAUUCAAAAUUACAUGUCUUAUAUUUAUGAUCUAAUUCAUAUUUUACUACGCUAUGUGUUCUUGUAACAAACAAGAAUGCACCGAUGAUUUUGUCAGUCUUUCGUACGAACCAGAACUAAGCUCGCAAGAAGCAUCAUGGCACACACCAGUAGAUCAAAUCGUUGAAGACUCUUAUGACGAAUAUUGCUCGCCUGCCUGUGCAACCCCAGUAACCCCAAGAACUCCUGUAUCAACCCGACGAGAAUUCCGUACGCCAGCUGCGCCACUUAGAGUACUCAGCCAACGCCGCGAUCUAAGACAGGGAGUAGCUGUAGCAUCUCGUCGUUUGAAUUACGAUACUAUAGCAGCAGCAGACAUCACAUUCGAUAGCCUGGACACAGACGAUAGUACAGGCUCUUCCCAACGAAUUUUACGCGGCAUGUUUCGAUGUGCUCCUUCGUCUACUCUUCAAACUCUUCCAACUCCCCAAACUCGUACAGAGAAACUAGCACAAACAUCUUAUCGACUUCGUACCAGACCAUUACCACCAGAAAGACAAUAUCUACCCAGAAUAACUAAAAUGACACCUUGUGGAAAAUGCUUAAGAAUUUGAAGACAACAAAAUGAAAGACUAAUCGACGAAACUAAAUUGUAAUUCAUACAAAGUACAAUUAUUACAUUUAGAAAAAAACGUGGUCUGCUUUCUCUAGACAAAUUGUAAUCCAUAAGAUCAAUCUCGAAGAGGAUUUUUAUAUUUGAAAAUAAAACUAUUUCUUCGUCUUACGAAGAUAUUGUACAUAUCGUGCUAAACAUUUCGAAUUGCUUGUACAAAAGAUAUGGAAAGAUGAAUUUGGUAGCAGAGUAUAAAGAGAAAUUCUCUAUGUUUGAACAUGUUUAAUGCAUGGAUCUCGUGGUCGUAGAUAAGUGAAUGAUUCACUAAUAUUUGUAUGACCGUUUUCUCGACAUGGUAUGAUUAUAGAAGUACUCUGCAAAUACGCUUAACUGUUUUUCAAUUAGGACCACAAUUGUCCGCUUAUACGAGCAAACACGUGUCGUUUCUAUUACUUCACCCAGUUUUCAGGAUUAUGUAUUUUCAAAAGAAAGCAAAAUUUGCCACUAUAUCCAAAAUUCUAUUUAAUCUUCAACUUGGAUCUUUGCGUUGUAGGUUAUAUGUCAAGCGAUGAUAGGUCAGAUUGUAAAUGUUAAUUGCAGAUUUAUAGAUAGAAAAGUGGCCUUGAAAGUCGAAAUUAUUCAUCACAGUGUUCGUCGUACGACGUAGGUACACCUACGUUUUCUCUACACGAUUUUAUUCAUGUGGGGAAUAAUAGCAACACGAAGGAAGGUAACACAAACAAAAUACCUUGUAUAUUACAACGUGUUAUAAAUUUAUAAAAAUAGGUAUCUUCUGUAUAUUUGUAAAACAUGUAUCUCGAGCAAAUGUGAGCAAAUGUCGUGAAUAUAUGAAUAUACAAGUUUGUAUAAACAUAAAGUGAAAAAGAAGUUACAAUCUCACCCAAAAAUGUCCAUAUUUAAU